AUGCUGAUGGUACAUACUAACGCUCAACCUAUGAAGACCACGAAAAUAAAAGGACCUCCACCUGUUCCUCCGCGACCCAGUCAGAGUAUGGUGGCCGAGGCUCUGGCGAAGACGAGGAAAGCGGUCGCGGAUUCUAAAGCGACGCUGAAAAGCCGCACUUUCACCAAAAAUGAAAUGACCCAUGUUUCAUCGAGGGCCAAAACAUUGGACAGGAAUACGACGUCGAUCAAACCAACCGUGUCGCCUCGACAAAAUGGACUCGCGCGCGUCAAGUCAUUCAUUAAAGACGUUAUCAGUGACCGGAGCUCUUCAUCGGACGAGAGGAAGUCCAGUGGAGCGAACUCCAGGAGAAGUUCCAGCGACAGCAGCUCAAUACAAUCACCUACGUCGAAUAAAUCAAAUGAAUCUCUCAACUCCAAAGCCGUCAAAACAUGUAGACAAAUAUUAAUCCGAUCUCUUUCUACGUCUAAUAAAUUAGAUCAAGACACCAAGUGCAAGGUAUCGAAAUCAUCUAGUUUCGCCGAAAAGACCUUACCUUUACGUAAAGCACCACCGCCACCGCUGUCACCUAAACCUAAGCUGAAACCGAUGAAACAACUUCCCGCACAGAAAACAAACACAGAACCGAGAAAACAACACAAGGAACCGAGCGUCGGUCUGUAUUCAUUACCGGUGGAUGCAAAACCUAUUGAAACGGCGGCCAGUGAAGCGUGUUACGCGACUGUCGAAGAUGUAGCACAAGUUGAAGACAGAUUACAAGUAGAAGAAAAAACUAUAACCAAAACUGAAAAAGACCAAGAACAGGAGGAUAUUAAUAAGAACACAUUAGAAAGAAAGACUUCUAGAGUAACAGAGAUGCUUAUUUCAGAGAUUCUGGCUAGCAGAAACAAUAAUAAAGAUGAGGCUAACGCUGUUAUAGAUAAAGGGAAGGAUUCUGAGAAAACGAACGGUAAUGAAGACCAGAGUGAGAAAAUGAAAGACAUGAAUAAUCACGAAAUGUUGAUAUAUGAACUACAAACGAUGAGAUCACAGAGCAAUAUACCAGAUACUGUUGAUGUCAAAGAUGAAAUGCAUUGUGACUCGGAGGAAGAGAAUUACGGUGAAUCAAUUAACAGUGAAUACAUAGACGACGAUGAAGCAUACGCGAGCAUCAGGGAAGAUGACGACCUCAAAUCUAGAUUACGUAAGCAGUUUCGUGCUAUAAGCACCAUGUCGCUCCAAGGAUUGCCACCGCUGCCCAAGAGUCUAAGUGGUUUCGCUGAUGCUGACGAUCUCUUGGACCCUCCCGGGCCAGCACCCUCACAGGAGCCCCCCACUGACCUCGACUCACAGCUGGUCUAUUUGAAGAGAGAAAUGGCCAGCCUGAGGCAGCUAGAUCUAUCUCUACUAUCCGAACUGUGGACGUUGUCUGAAGCUAUGGCGUCAUGGCGGCGUCAACUAGACCGAGGCUCGCGUCUCCGUCCCGCUCCCCCGCCGCCCCCGCCACCACAUUACUUAAGAACAUGA